GCGCUGUAUUGCUUGAAAUCAUGACAUGUAAAGGGAGGAGUAAAUAAUGAGUUUGUUUAUCACGAGGCUGUUAGGGUGCUUUGUGCCAAUAUGUUAUUCGUUGUAAUGAAAGCGAAAAGGACGUCUGUCAGUUUAGUGUAAGGCUACAACAAAAUUUCCUUGUGAAAUUAGCCCAGGGCUGUGCUUUGAAGUGAUUGUUAUGACAGAAAGGAAUAAAGUCAUUCCUAAAAACACUGAAGGAAGUGAAACUACUUCAGGAGCACCUUUACCCAAACAAUGCAACAUCGGUUCACGCCCCUCUGACCACACCUGCUGCCAGAUUCUCUCGCUUGGAUAUGGAGCAAACAUCGGUAUACUUCCCAAACCUACCGGUACGUCUUCAUCUAAUCUUCCUCAAUGGAGCUCAAAGGGUGAUGGUCACCCCGACUCGGAGACAUCCAACCUACCGCUGUUUACGCUGAACUACCCCCGCAUUCAGAUACCCUUGGAGAUCACGCUAUGGGUGCUGCUUGCUUCCUUUGCCAAAAUAGGUUUCCAUGUCUACCAUAAGAUCACAGUCUGGGUGCCAGAGUCGUGCCUGCUGAUCUCUAUUGGCCUCAUCGUGGGGGGCAUCAUGCACUCAGUGCACGAGGAGCCCCCGGCAGUGCUCACCUCCAACAUGUUUUUCCUCUACAUGUUGCCACUCAUUGUAUUAGAUUCAGGCUAUUUUAUGCCCACUCGUCCCUUCUUUGAGAAUUUUGGCACAGUGCUAUGGUUUGCUGUUGUUGGCACCUUAUGGAAUUCCAUCGGCAUUGGCAUCUCUCUGUUUGCCAUCUGCCAGAUCGAGGCGUUUGGUGUGCAUGACAUUAAUCUCCAGGAGAACCUCCUCUUUGCCUCCAUCAUCUCAGCUGUGGAACCGGUGGCGGUCCUCACUGUCUUUGAGGACAUCAGCGUCCACGAGCAGCUCCAUAUUGUAGUAUUUGGAGAAUCCCUGUUCAAUGAUGCUGUUACUGUGGUAUUGUAUAAUCUUUUCAACCAUGUAGCAGAGCUGCAUGUGGUGGAAGCCGGAGAUGUUUUUCUGGGCAUUGCUCGCUUUUUUGUGGUGGGUUUGGGUGGGAUGCUUUUGGGCCUGCUCUUCGGCUUUGUGGCAGCGUUCACCACACGCUUUACUGGAAAGGUGAGGGAGAUUGAACCUCUGAUCAUCUUCCUGUACAGCUACCUGGCCUACCUCAUAGCUGAACUCGUUGCCAUCUCUAGCAUCAUGGCUAUUGUAACCUGCGCACUGACCAUGAAGUACUAUGUUGAGGAGAAUGUGUCACAGCGUUCCUGCACCACUAUUCGCCAUGUCAUUAAAAUGGUCGGAAGUGUGUCGGAAACUCUGAUCUUCUUCUUUUUGGGUGUUGUUACCAUAACAACAGACCAUGAGUGGAACUGGGGAUACAUCAUCUUUUCUCUGUUGUUCGCGCUGCUUUGGAGAGGCCUAGGGGUUCUGGUCCUGACACAGAUUAUUAACCCCUUCCGCACCAUUCCUUUCAACUUCAAAGAUCAAUUUGGUCUGGCCUACUGUGGAUUGAGAGGAGCCGUGUCCUUUGCCCUAGCCUAUACUUUACCAGACAGCAUCGGUCCUAAGAAAUUAUUCAUUACCGGCACUAUUGUCAUCAUCAUCUUUACAGUGUUUAUUCAGGGUAUCACUAUAAGGCCUCUUCUAAAAUUAAUGAAUGUCCGCAAGACAAAUCGAAACUUAGAGACCAUCAAUGUGGGGAUUCACAAAAGGUUGAUGGAGCACACGGUUGCAGGCAUUGAAGACUUAUGUGGACAAUGGAGUCACUACUAUUGGAAAGACAAGUUCAUGAAGUUUAAUAACCGGUUCAUCCGCAAGAUUUUAAUCCGUGAUAAUCGUCCUGAGUCCAGCAUUGUGGCUCUGUAUAAGAAAUUGGAACUUCAGAACACCAUGGAGAUACUGGAUUCAAUGACUGGUGACAUCAGUGCUACUCCCUCUUUAAUUUCAUUACCUGAUGAGAGAAAGAAUGCCUCGAAGGCCAGGAAGGUCUUGCCGUCUGAUGUCAGAAAUAUGCAUGAGCUCUUAUCAAAGAACAUGUACAAGAUCAGACAAAGGACUGUGUUUUACACCAAUAAGCGUUCAUUACCAAAUGAUGUCACAGCAAAAGAAAUUCUAAUAAGGCGACAUACAAGUUUAAGACGCAGCCUCAGAGCUGGAAGCUUUCAUAGGCCUCAUGUUAAUAAAACAUCUCAGAAGUUUUUAUCUCUACCCGUGGGUCAGAGUCUGAACUCCAGACUACCUCCAGGGAGAUUCAGCCAUGCUGGGGAUGGUGAUAUUGAACCAGAAAUUAAUUUAUCAUCAAUCAGUUCUAUGUUCAGACACCCUCAGAGAUCUUCAUCCAGAACAAUACCAAUGAGGCCACUCGGCAGUCUGGAGGAAGUUUCUUCCUCUGUGAAAGUGGUAGAUGAAGAGAAUGAGAAGCAUAGGGGGUUCAGGUCCUCACAUCUGAGGUCCAGCUUCACCAGUUCAGCACAUCAGCCCUUACGUUCACUUUACCGCUCAACUAGAAACAUCAUCGAUAAAGAUGGUGGCUCGGAGCAUGAAGAGCAGGAAUCACCACCAGAUCCACAUGCAUGGGUGCAGGACCCUCAAAACAACAGUGAUAUGCAGUAUCCCCUUCUGAGGAGAUCCCAGUGGCCUCCUCAGAAACCACAGGAUGAAUGAAAUCUGCAGGGGUCGUAAAAACUAUGCAGCUGGACUGCAGUUACUUACCGAAACUAAAGCACUUCUGCUUGAAGUCUGAUGAUGUUGUCAUAUUAAACACACUCAGAGAUAUAAAUCAUCUUUCAUAAAUCUCAUCAAACACUGGAAUUACUGAGUAUUAUUUAACUGGGUGACUCAAACCACAGAAGCAUAUAAUUCCGUAACACAAAAAAUUAUCCUAAUUAACAUAAUUGUGUUCUCUACCUUACACAAAGCAUAAUCUUAACAUAGGAUACAAUUUUUGUAUUUUAUUGCUUUUCUGCUGAAAUUCUUAUAACCGUAACAUGUCCCAAUAUGAUUGAGUGCAUUAUAUGUUGUAAUUUAAACAGAGUAAAAUUAAUAUAUUCUUAAAAAAACAACUGGAUGUUCUACAAAAUGUUCUCAAAUGCCAAAAAUAAAUCAGUGAUAGAAUAUUCAUGUGUUAUAUUCAAUAUUCAGAGACCUUCCUUUUUAUACAAGGACUGUUUACACACACAAAGAUAUUUAAAAUAAAGUUAGAUUUUAUUUGAAGAAAAUGGUUAACAGAUUACUUUUGUUACUUACCUUGCUUAAAAUGUUUCAUGCUAAAAGCUUCACAUUCUCGUCACGUUGUUUUCACAACUUUUUCUAUUCUCAUUACCAAUACAAGUUGUUUGUUAAAUGUAUAAUUUUCUAUUAAAAUAUAUUUCAUUAUUGUCUUAUUAUAUGAAUAAUGAAAACCUAGCUAAACAUGCUAUGGGAUUGACCAUUUUAGAUUUUUACGGUAAUGAGAAUUUUUAAGAAUGGCAAAUUAAUGCUUUUAAACAUGUCAUACCUUGUUUACUUGAAUUGAAAGGAAGUGCAUUGAUGCAAGUGUUUUUAAGUAAAUCAUGUUUGACAUCUUGAAACUAAGAUUCAUG